AUGGAUAAUAAUUAAAGAAGUUAAAAAGAAGCUUACUUAUAAGAAGAGAUUUUAGAUAAAGGAAUUGAUCCCAAUCACUUUCAAGAUUUUUGUGAGAAAAUAAAAGGAGAAGGUAUGAAAUUAAUAUAAAAUAAGAAAGUGAUAUAGAUAAAUGGACUUUGGAAGAUCUUGUGUAAUUAGUCAAUUAAUAUAAAAUUGAAUUUUUUACUACCGAUUUUGAUUAACCAGUAGACGAUAUGAUUAUUGGAUGGAAUGCUUUUGAUCAAGUGAUUCCAUAAAUGGAUAUAAAAAGUGAUCCUUAGAUGUGGAACUUAUUAGAUUUAGAUUAUGUAGAAUCUUCUCCUGUAAUCAAUCAAUAAGAAGAUAAAAAAGUUGAUUAACCAUAAAAAGAAAGUCAAAAAUAAAUUUAGUAAAUUCAUUAACAAUAAACAUUGGAAAUUAAUUAAAGAGUCUCAGAAAAACUAGAUCUUCCAAAUAUAGGUAAACCAUUGGCUAUAUCUCCAACUGCUUUGAAGCUAUAGGAAAUACAAUAAUAAAUGCCUAAAAAAUAGGCACCUGAAAUUUAUUCAUUUUCUUAAUGUUCUAAAUUAUAAUGUAAAAAAUUAGGAUUUAAUAUAUUCGCAUAAGGAGUUCCUUCUAUUAAAAUAACUGGGUAUCUAAUUAGAGAUAUAUAUUUAGCUUUGAAAAAAAAGCAGGAGGCCUCUUUAAAAGUGAUUAUGUUUUAUAUAGUGUUAAAACAGGAGAUGAAUAUAGUGUAUAAAGAAGAUAUUCUGAUUUUCAAUGGUUGUAAUAAACACUUUUUAAAUUAUUCCCAGGAAUUGGUAUUCCUAGUCUUUCAGAAAAAACAGCUAAAAAAAAUGCAAAAAAUACUGUUUAAAAAAGAACCAUUAUAUUAGAAUUCUUUUUAAAUGAAUUAGCAAAGAGUGAACUUUUUAGAAAUAGUAAAUAUUUUGUAGACUUUCUUCGUUUAAAUGAUCCAGUUUAAUUUAAAUAAUUAAUAAAGUUUGGUGAAAAAUUAAGUAAGCCUUGUAAAUUUGAAAGUAUUUUAAAUAUGACAGGAACUGUUGUAUUUGUACCAGAUAUUAAAUUGAAUAAUUUUGAAACUUUUAUAUAAUAAGAAGAGCCAAUUUAUGCAAAGAUAAAAAAUUUAUUCAAAGAGAUAACACAUCAUUUAUCAGCAGUAUCUAAACUUAUUAAAGAUAUUGAAGAUUCUCUAAAAUUAUUAACUGGUUUAUGUUAAAAAUAUGAAAUUAAUCAAGAUUAUGAUCCUUUAUAAGAAAUGACCAAAAAAUUAGAAGAAUAAAUAACAUAAUGCAGUUCAAAUUAAUACAAUAGAAUGUAUAACAUGUUUCGAUAUCAAACUUUAAAUUUUACAUAAAUAAAAAACAUAUUAAAAUUAAGAAAUGAAUUACAAACUGAAUUUUCAAACAGAAAAGAUUUUAAAGUUGAAUAAAUAAAUGAACUCUUUAGUUCUAGAGAGAAUGCUAAAUCGGUCGAUGAAUUAGAAUUUCCGGCAAAAGUAUUAAUUUAUGUAAUGAUAUUUAGAGUUCAAGACUUUUGGCAUACUAAUUAGGUUACAUGAAUUGGAGAACAAUAGAAGAAAUUAAGACAUUUUUAGAGCAUCGUUAGAUUGGAUUUCAAACUUUUUCACAAUAAGUGCUAAAAUGA